AUGUCACCUGUGCUAGAUUACAUGGUGGUGUCGUGUUUCCCCAACGCCAUCAUCGCCAACGUGCCCGAGUGUCCUUACGGCUGGGAGAUUGAGCAGCUGUCCCUGGGCGGCGUCUGCUCCAGCGGCGUGCACGGCUCGGGGUACUACCGCUUCCUCAUACCCGACCUGACGCCCAGGAACCACUCCUACUGCGGCACCCAGUCUGAGUACAUCCCAGGCAAAGACGCCAAGUACGUCUUCUACAACUGGGUGGUGUCCAACGACACGUCGCUGACUCUCCGGAACCAGCCGGUCAACUACACCUUCAGCUGCGUGUACCCAGCCUCCUACCUGGUCAACAACGCCGUCUUCAGCCAGAGAGUGGCGACCGUCUACGUCAACAACGGCACGUCGGGCACGUUUAUGUCCCAGUUGUCUCUGGGCGUGUUCACGAACGCCAAGUUCUUGUACGCCAAGGAGGCGCCCUACGUGAUCGACACCUCCGAGAUCGGCUCGGACGUCUUCAUCGGCGUGGAGGCCAAAGGACUCAGCAGCAGGUUCAAAGUGGUCGUCGCCAACUGCUGGGCCACGCCCACACCUUACUCCACCGACAGGAAGAGGUGGAGCCUCAUCAUCAACAGCUGCCCGUCCGACCACACGGUCAGCAUCUUCGAGAACGCCAAGGAGGGACGCUCCACCUUCAAGUUCCGCUCCUUCCGCUUCCAGGGCCAGGACAAGGUGUCCACGGUCUGGCUGCACUGCCAGGUCCACGUGUGCGACGGCGAGAGGCUCGUCUGUCAGGCCGGUCCGUGUCCGGCCAGCAGACUGGCAUGGAAGGCGGAGCCAAAGGGCGGGGUCCUCACAGCCGAGUUCUCCAUUAAAGGUGCAGUACGUCAGGAUGCAGCUUCUCCCGCCCUCCUGCUGCUCGCCAUCACAAACACGUGUCGCCUUUCACUCGCCGUCUACGUGGACUGA